GCGCGGAGGCUGUCGAUGUCAACGACGACUCCGAUUCCUCGUCGCCUGUGGCACUGGUCACGCGUGUGAAGAAGCACUACAAGCGCAAGUACAAGGAAGUGUACGGGAAGCGCUUCACCGUGGCCGUGGCACGUUUGCUGUCGGAGAUUGUGGAGAGGGAGACCA